AUGUCUGCCGCAGAGCGCAACACGGAAAUAUGGUCCACAAGGCUGCAACGCGAAUUGUUGGCUCUGACGACGGACAAUGCGUCACCCGAAGCCCAAGAAGAAAUUAUGAGCGUGCUUCCCAAAUUUGUCAGCGUCAAGGAUCACGAACUCAGUAUUGAAAAAGGAGUCUGCAUUGUUUCGUUUUAUGUUAGACCAAACGAAUCCAUGACCAAUCCAAUCAUCGUGUCACUAGACACCUCGCUUCAACGAAAGGAUACUGGAGAAUUGGAUCCUUUGGCAGUGGCUUAUCCAUUUUUGAAGCCUCUAGCCAUUCUCAAGUCUGGAUCGAAAUGCUUUCCCAAGGCAUCUACCAUUAGGGAGGGAGAUUAUAUUGAUAUUGAAAUGGACUGGACUCCCAGUUUGCACCUCACGGACGCCAUUUUGAAUAUUGGGCUCAAGAUUAAAGAGAGCAUUCUUCAAAAUGAACCGUUUCAUCCUGCCAUUAUUGAGGAUCCAAAGAUGGAUCCAUUGGGAGAAAUGGCAAGCACGGCGAGGCGAAUGGCUGCUUCUGCCAAGAGUUCGCUCAAUAAACUCACCAAGACUAGUGAGCCCCCUUCCCCCAAGAAGCGCACGAUGCGAAAGAAACGAGGAAAGAGAGAUCAAAUUCGAAUUGGUGACGAAAUUAGCAUGUUGGAUGCGCCAUGGGUGGAUUGUCAAGGAGUCUAUUCGUGUAAGGCUAUUCGACGACCAACGUUCGUGGAAGAAGCUAUGGCCAAGGCUGCCAAGAACAAGGAGGCUGCAGAAGCGGCCGCCAGUGCAAGCGCGGGUACCCUUGCAGGGACUUUUCGUAGUAUUGCUAACUCGGCUCGUGGGGUGCUAGAAGAAUCUUUCUUGAUGGUUACCGAACAACACAUUAUUGAAAUGAGAUCCAACAAACUGAACCUGAGUACAGGCGUCAUCACCUUUGCCAUUCCAAUCGAAAUGUUGGCCAAGCUUAAAUUCAGACGGCAGGAGUCCUUGUCACUGUUUUUCAAACCACAACCCGAUGAUCCCCUAAUUUUCAUGUGUCCCGACUCUUCGGACUGCGUUCACCAAAUUCAAUCUGUUUUGAAGAGACAUGGAGUCAAGGGAAAGCACACAAACGCAGCAACCCACAGAGCAAUCAACCAAGCUCUUCAUUUGGUCCAAGAAAUUCAAACUAUGGAGUUGGCGCUGAAACACGAUCCAUCCGUCGAACGAGUGAAUGAAAUUAUGGACCUUUACCGACAAGCUGCCGAACGAUUUGAGAGUGCAGGAGAUGUUCGCCACGAAGAAGUGGUCACUCACAUGAGAAAAUUCUUGGCCUUGCCGUUGACUGUUGGCAUCUUGGAUGGAAGCUAUCAAGCUACCAACCAAGAAGAGGAUUUGCAACAGGCUGGGGAAGAUGGAGAAAUGGAGGGCGUUGUAUUGGAGACCAAGCCGUCGGAAGAUGAAGCAGAAGCAUCAGAAAAGAAAGAAGCAGUGCCAGCAGCGGCUCCGGCACCCGCUGGCCCAGAGACUGUCCCUACAAAAGAGGAACCAAAGGAGGAAAACGCACCAAAGGAAAUGGAGAAACUCGUACCAGAAGGAGUGCCACUCGAUUCAGAAGCAAAUGUUCUACUGAAACUGCGAAUGUCUGCAGCCAAUAAUGACGACAAAGCAUUCCACGAUAAUAUGGAAUCUAUUUUGAGGGAAGCCGAGGCGGAUUUGGCCGGCUUGAAGGACAUGGAAGGAGACGCUGAUCCUGAAUUGGAAAUCAUGAUGGAAGAAACUGAAGACUAUGAUCCAGAUAACGAUGCCAUUGCGGACUUUGAAAAUAUGCUCAAGGCUGCUGAUGAUGAGUUGGCCGCUCUCAUGAACUCAUAA